GAAGUGAUGUCUGCAUGUUGAAUGAUGAAUAAGGUUUGUGUUUUGUUGGUACAAUCUAAAAACAAAAUCCUUAAAGUCAAGAACAAGAUAAUACACUAAUAUGAAUAAUACUUCAUUUCUUCAUGAGCUACUUAAUGGGAUCUCUAACAGCUCAACUUUUCCGGCUGGGAAGUCCUCAAAGAGAUACUUACCUAAUUCUUCUGGCAAAUACUGCAAGUCUAUCACGAAAUCAAAGAAAGGUAAAAUAAAUUCAGUUCUAACUAAGAUGGCAGAUACUGUCAAAGGGAAAUUGAGGUUGGGAGCAAGAAUUCUUCAAGUUGGAGGAGUAGAGAAAGUGUUUAUGCAAUUCUUUAGUGCUAAAGAUGAAGAGAAGCUUUUGAAAGCAUCACAGUGCUACUUAUCAACGACAUCAGGUCCUAUAGCAGGCCUCCUCUUCAUAUCCACUCACAAAGUUGCCUUUUACAGUGAGAAAUCCAUCAAGAUCACUUCUCCAAAAGGAGAAUUUAUUAGAGUUCACUAUAAAACAUGGUAGUAACAGCCUUUCAUUGGUUUAUUGUGAACAUAUAUAACCAAUUUAAAACCCUAUGAAGGAUGAAGUUGAUGUUAUAGUCAAGCAGUUUAAAUCAUAAAAUAAUUGUGUUAUGCUGAGUUUCCAUCGAC